AUUAACAAUAUGUAGAUAAAAAUUAUAACAAUAGUAUAAAUAAUGGGUUCUAUUAUUAUUAUCAAUUUUUUAAGUUGAACUGCGUGCGAACUGUUGUGUCGAACGUUCAACAUUUUUAUGCUAACCAUUGCCAGUGAUUAUUGAAAUGGGUCUUCUGCGAUCCAUAAUGGCCCUUUCGGGCAUCCUGAACAUCUUCAUGCCCAUGACAAUGGCCAUAGAUCCGGCGUGUGACUUUUACCAGGAUAUGGCAGCUGGUCAAGUCUACUAUAUCUAUAACCAAGAAUAUCCCAACUCCUACGGUCCAUCAACAUCUUGCAGAUGGAUGGCCUACAGUCCAGUCGGUACCAGAAUUGUCAUUUCUUGCGAAGACAUUACUUUGCCGAGUACCCAAAACUGUGCCGGAGACCGCCUGUCCAUUUCACAAUCCGGAGACCCUAACUUCUCUGACGCCAGAAAUUACUGCGGCCAAGGUAGCGUCACUCUUGUGUCUACCAGCAACUCGCUGGUUGUAGGAUUGUUUUCCACCUGGAACACGGCGGGAGGCAGAUUCGUGUGCUCUUUAACGUCAAUUGAUGAUGGCUCGUCUACAACGACCCCAAGACCAAAUCAGUGCGACUGUGGUUGGAAACAACAGACUCGUAUAGUUGGUGGACACGAAACCGGCGUAAAUGAAUAUCCAUCCAUGGCGGGACUUAUAGACUUGAGCAAUAGGAAUUUGUACUGUGGAUCAUCUAUCAUAUCGGAUAAAUACGUCUUGACUGCAGCUCAUUGUCUCUACAACAGGCAGGCGUCCAGUGUUGGGGUUCUAGUCGGAGAUCACAACGUCUCUUCAGGAGCCGAGACUGAUCAUUCGUAUCUGUAUUCUAGUGUGAGAUUAAUAAUACAUCAAAGUUACGACCCCGAUAAUCAAAUUAACGAUAUCGGCCUUGUUCAAACUACGAAAAUUAUGUCUUUCAGUCUUUACGUCGGACCUGUGUGCCUGCCCUUCAGAUACACCAGCACAAGUUUUGCAGGAAAUACUGUAACUGCUUUAGGAUGGGGACAAUUGGAAUUCUCCGGCCCAAAAUCGGAUACGUUGCAAGAGGUCGACCUUAACGUCAUCACCAACUCGGCAUGUCAGUCGCAAAUGCCCAACAAUAUAAUAACCAACGGACAGAUUUGUACUUACGCACCUGGAAAAGAUGCCUGCCAGUACGAUUCAGGCGGUCCCUUGCUUUGGAUGGACGGCGCAGUCAGGAGGUUGCAACUGUUGGGGAUUCUGUCGUAUGGUAUUGGAUGCGCCACCACCAACCCCGGUGUCAAUACUAGGGUUACUUCGUAUCUGACCUGGAUUGUGAGCCAAACAAAUGUUGAGGACGACCGUUCUAAUUUAUAUAAACCGAAUAAAAUUAUAAUUCAUGAGCUCUAUAAUGACAAAACCUAUCACAAUGACAUAGCACUAGUACAAACCGAAAAGCCGUUCCAAUUCGGUGAUUUGGUGUUCCCGAUAUGUUUACCAUUUUUACAGAGACAACUCGACUACAACAAGAUGUACGUGACCGCUUUGGGUUGGGGAUUGACGUUGUUCACCGGCCCGAAAGCAGACACCCUCCAAAAAGUCACGUUGCAAGUUGUCAAUAACACGUACUGUCAAAAAAGUCACAACGUUGAGGUCCCACCAACAGAAAUUUGUACGUAUAGUAGUGGAAAGGACACGUGUACUUUUGACUCAGGUGGUCCUUUGGCCUGGUUCGAUAGUCACAAUAGAAGAUGGAAAUUAGUGGGUAUACCAUCUAGUGGUAUUGGUUGUGCCACCACUCUACCAUCAAUUAAUACCAGGGUCACUUCGUAUCUGCCCUGGAUUAGGAUCAACAUUUUAGUAGUUACUCUGACAAUAAAUUGGUCGUUCGCAAUGUAUAAUUUGCCAAUUUUUAUACUUACAUUUGUUUUUAUAACAUUUUGUGGUAUAUGUGACAUUUUAGAAACCUCUUAUAUAUAUACAUUUAGUCAUAAGGAUUUCAUCUACAAUCCCCGACCUAUAAUUUUUAAAAGUCAUCCGGGCACCAGGAUGCUCUUAAGGUGCAAAAUCAACUUGAGUGCAUCCGCCUUUUGCGAAAAUGAAUCUCUUGUGAUAUCUCCUACGGGAUCCAUAAGCCACAGUUCAGUACACUACUGCGGCAACAAAUCAUUCAGAAAAAGAAGUCAAAGCAAUUUCAUCGAAGUUGCAUUUUCUUCAACGUCAAACGGAACGUUUCGUUGUAAGAUUAAAGCUUAUUAUCCAAAUAAAAAGCUUCAAUGCGGAAACGGGCAAUAUAAGGUGGACACGUUCAAGGAUCCUAUUAAAGGUGGCACCAAUGUGAAGCUGAAAGAUUUCCCUUUUAUGGCAGGUUUGAUCGACACGUCCAAGAGUAACAGUUCUAUUUUCGCCGGAGCCACAAUCAUAUCAAGUAAAUACCUCAUUACAGCAAAGCAUGUUUUUGAAAGUUCUGUAUUAGAAAAUCUGAAGAUUAUUGUUGGAACAUGUACGUUCGAAGGGGGUGACUUAUCCAGAUUCCCUAUUUACACACCCAUUAAAACAUUUUUCUUCGAAAAUUGUACGGACACAAAUGAUAUAGCUUUAGUAAAAAUAAAUGGGACGUUUAAGUUUGAUGAUCUGGUGUAUCCAGCAUGUAUACCAUUUUCCCAUAAGCACAACGAUUUUAACAAUGAAAAUUUAAUUGCUUUAGGGUGGGGUUCCGAGUCCCUUAGUGGUCCCACCUCUAAGCAGUUGAAAAUGAUUUCACUACCAGUUGUUAAUAACACCUACUGUAAAAUGAAACAUGAAAAAACACAAUACGACAAAAUUGAUGACACUAUAUUGUGUACGUUUGGGAAAGGAGAUGUGGACACGUGCGUGGGAGAUUCUGGGGGUCCAUUAUUUUGGCUUGAUAAAACGAUAGGCAAGUGGUAUUUGGUCGGGAUUACUUCUGAAGGCGUCGGCUGCGGUUCUGACCUUCCAAGUAUUAAUGUUAGAAUUACGGCAUAUUUGAAAUGGAUAAAAAAUAUUGUGAUUAACAAUUAAUUUGUGUCCGUAUUAAUAAAAAAUACUAUAA